GGUCUGUUUAGCCAGUGUUGUUGCUUAAGUGUUGCCUCCAGGUGUGUCGCACACUAGCCGGGGUGUGCAUGUCGUGGGCUCUUGCUGGGUCUUUUUUGCCCUCAGUUUUAAGUCUUAGAGGUAACUGUAGACUUGGUAGACUUGAGAGCAUCUGGGCGCAGCUUGGAUGCUUUCUCCUGCAUCUGAACUAAGGACUAAACACUGCACCAACUACUUAUUGACUCUUAUUGGAUGAGCAAUUCAGUGAUUUCUCUGUGGCUUUUGGCUUUUGUUUUUCAGAAGUGCUGUGAUGGAAGUCAAAGGGAAGAAAAAAAUUACAGGAAAGAGGCCACAGACAUCACAAGGAAAGAAUAAAUUUCAUAAAAACAGUGAGUCUACUUCUGCAAAGACAUUCCCAAGGAAAGCUGCUAAGGAAGGCGGGCCUAAAGUCACAUCUAAGAACUUUGAGAAAGGUGCCACAAAACCUGGCAAGAAGGGUGUGAAGCAGUUCAAGAACAAGCCACAAGGGGGCAAAGGACCCAAGGACAAAUUCCAGAAGGCAAAUAAAUUCAACAAGAAGCGGAAAUUCCAGCCAGAUGGGAAAAGUGAUGAAUCAGCAGCCAAGAAACCCAAGUGGGAUGACUUCAAAAAGAAGAAGAAAGAGUUGAAGCAGAACAGACAGCUCAGUGAUAAGACCAAUUACGACAUCGUGGUUCGAGCAAAGCACAUUUGGGAGAGCUUGAGAAGAAAAGACUGUGACAAAGAAAAAAGGGUGAAGCUCAUGAGUGAUUUGCAGAAGCUGAUUCAAGGGAAAAUUAAAACUAUUGCCUUUGCGCAUGACUCAACUCGAGUCAUCCAGUGCUUCAUUCAGUAUGGGAGUGAGGAGCAGAGGAAGCAGGCUUUCGAAGAAUUGCAAGGUGACUUGGUUGAAUUAAGUAAAGCCAAAUAUUCCAGGAAUAUCGUUAAGAAAUUUCUCAUGUAUGGAAGUAAACCACAGAUUGCGGAGAUAAUCAGAAGUUUUAAAGGCCAUGUGAGGAAGAUGCUGCGGCAUUCAGAGGCAUCGGCCAUUGUGGAGUAUGCGUACAACGACAAAGCCAUUUUGGAACAGAGGAACAUGCUGACAGAGGAGCUCUAUGGGAACACAUUUCAGCUUUACAAGUCAGCAGAUCACCCAACGCUGGAAAAGGUGCUAGAGGUGCAGCCGGGGAAGCUAGAGCUCAUCCUGGAUGAGAUGAAGCAGAUUCUGACUCCCAUGGCCCAAAAGGAAGCUGUGAUUAAGCACUCACUGGUUCAUAAAGUAUUCUUGGACUUUUUUACCUAUGCACCCCCAAAACUUCGAUCAGAACUAAUUGAAGCCAUCCGGGAAGCAGUGGUGUACCUGGCCCACACACACGAUGGCGCCAGAGUGGCCAUGCAUUGCUUGUGGCAUGGUACACCCAAGGACAGGAAAGUGAUUGUGAAAACAAUGAAGACGUACGUGGAGAAGAUUGCUAAUGGUCAGUACUCUCACCUGGUUCUCCUGGCAGCGUUCGAUUGUAUUGAUGAUACCAAGCUUGUGAAGCAGAUAAUCAUAUCAGAAGUCAUCAGCUCCUUGCCCAGCAUCGUUAAUGACAAAUAUGGAAGGAAAGUCCUGCUGUACCUGCUGAGCCCCCGAGACCCCGCCCACUUGGUGCCAGAGAUCAUCCAGCUGCUGCAGAAGGGCGACGGCAAUGCACACAGUAAGAAGGACACUGCAAUCCGCCGGCGUGAGCUCUUGGAGUCCAUCUCUCCAGCUUUGCUGAGCUACCUGCAAGGACACACUCGGGAGGUGGUGCUGGACAAAUCCGUGUGUAUGCUGGUGUCUGACAUCCUGGGAUCUGCUACUGGGGACGCUCAGCCUGCUAUGGAUGCCAUCGCCAGUUUGGCAGCAGAGGAACUGUAUCCUGGGGGCAAGGACGGAGAGCUUCACGUUGCUGAGCAUCCUGCAGGACAUCUGGUCCUCAAAUGGUUAAUAGAGCAAGAUAAAAAGAUGAAAGAAAACGGAAAAGAAGGUUGUUUUGCAAAAACCCUUGUAGAGCGCGUUGGUGUGAAGAACCUCAAGUCCUGGGCCAGCAUCAACCGAGGAGCCAUUGUCCUUUCCAGCCUUCUUCAGAGUUGUGACCAGGAAGUUGUAAACAAAGUCAAAGCUGGACUGAAAACCCUGAUUCCUUCCUUGGAAAAAACCAAAAGCACCAGCAAAGGCAUCCAGACUCUGCUCGAGAAGUUGACUGCAUAGGCACGCCAGAUGAGCAAGCUGGAACCCGCUUCCCAAGGGGAAGGGUGGACUCUGUCACACUCAUAACUGGAUGCCCUAUACGUGUACUUGUUAAAGGACCUAUUUAUCUAUAAAACUGUAAAAGAGACAUUUGGUUUAAUGUCAACUGUCUGAUCUGGCGGACUGAGUACUACACAGUUCGCGGUAUGACCGAUGCAGAAGGGUUAGCAGUCAGACUGGUAAGGUGGGCCCAGAUGUGUGCUCCGUGGUUGAAUGGUUGAUUCAGGAAAGGAGACCGGUGUGAUCUGAGAAGACUUCCUGGAGUAGGUGGAUUUGGAGGAAUGUUCUAACAAAGAAGGAAGGACAUGCAAAGGUCAAGCUGAGUGUGUAUAGUGGGAGCCGUACCGUGAUCUGAACUCCAGGAGGCCUGUGGCCAGGGCAGCCUGCGUUGCUGCUUCAGCCACUGUGCAGACUGAGCUCCAUCAGGUUUGCUUUGAAAGCUGCUCCAAGUCCAGCGCAUGAGCGCAGUGUGUUACAGGAAUUAGGAGAUCAUGGGUUCUCUGCUGGGAAAGUCUCCUAUCUUUGUAUUUGGGCCUUCGGGGUAAAUACCUUCCAAGGUACAGUUCCUAAAAUAGCCAUAGCCCAUAGUGUGACUAAGGGGGGUUGGGGCUGUGGAAAUAUGUUAGAGUGUAGAGGUUUGAGUGCAGGUACGUUGUUUGGACUUUAAAGGUACAGUUGGCUUUCAGCAGCAAAGCUGGAGAUCUGUAGAUCACAAGCGCUCGUGUAGCAGGCGUUUUUAGUACAGUGGCCUGUCCUUGCUGCUCUGGGUGUCUGAGGAUGUACUGAGGCAGCCAUCUGGUCUGUACGUGCUUAGGCCCUCUGGGAAAUUGGCUAUCCUGACUUCAAGGUUCCAGGACUACUAAAUCAGCUCUGGGCCUUUCCC